AUGCCCAAGGUAGACGCAACCCGCAACUACUAUGCGGAGCUUUCGCUCCCGCCCUCUGCCUCGGCGGACGACAUCAAGAAGCAGUACAGAAAACUUGCAAUGCAAUGGCACCCCGACCGGAACCGUGGCAGGGAGGAGGAAGCUUCCAAAAAGUUCCAGAUAAUUCAGUCGGCAUUCGAGAUCCUCACCGACCCAACCCAGAAGCGGGAGUAUGAUACGGCUCGAAACAAGACCAGCGCACGAUUCUCCGGUUCGUCUGGUGUCAGAGGCAACCCUUGGGCAAACGCAGGCGCCGAGUGGGCACCGCCGCCCAAGCGAGCAGGGCCGACUGCAGCGGGAGCAAAGACACAGCCAAGACCGACUCCAGGCGCUGCGCGAUAUAGCAAUUGGGGCACCGGUGCCGCUCGUCCUGGCAAUGCCUCCCAGAAAGAGAGUCCCACGUCGGCAAAGGCGCACUACGAGGCAUGGAACAACAUGCGCUCGAGCUCGCAGAGGAAGCCACCGCCCACUCCGGGACGCGCUCCCACGUCUGCUGCGCGGGACUCCAGACCCCAGUCACGAACGUCAGACUCGGAGGGCAUUCCACGGACCACUUCACAGCAACAGAAGGCGAAAGCGUCUUUUGGAAACACUACCAGAAGAGCUGGCUACACCCCCCGAUCGCCGGGCCUAGGAGACGAGCCGCCUGUCAAAAACAACAAUUACUUCACGACUCGAUCUCACACAAACAUCUUCAACGAGGCGAGCGCUAGCGAUGCCCGCCAGAACCAGCGAGCGUCGGCCGCGCCGGAUCCUCUGGCCCAGUUCAGGGAUAAGCCUAUGGAUGAUCGUCAGAGUACCCCGUACACUACACCGGGCGGAGAGAAGACAAGUCUCUUUGAUGAGGGCGCCAACUUGGGCCGUAGUCGGAGCACUAGGGCAUCUGCGCGGAAAUCUGGUGUCGACGCAUCGGGCACCUUCCCAUUCCCACAGCAGAGGAGCUCGAGUACGCCACGGACAAGCUCUAGCAACGACGGUGGUUCCGAGGAUUCCACAAGGGUCAACACGGGCACGGAUGGUCCCAGCCGGAGGACCUCGACCAACCACAAACCCUCCACCCGUGCCAGUGACCGCUAUAGACCCAAGUCAGCUGAGUCAACAACUGCAACCGCCGGCCACGCAUCAUCAGCUGCGGCUGGUGCCAGUGCUUCGGCCUCAAACGGCACGGAAUCUCAGCAACCCGGAGACUCGUCAACGUAUGCCACCUUACCCACUAUAUCCUCACCUGAACCCUAUCCUACGAAGCCUCUAAACUCUGCAAAGUUCCAGAGUGUGAAUGCGGCUGCCUACGCUGCCAUGUUGAAAGUUCCAACUCGCAGCAGCGCUCCAAGUGUAGCAGCCAGGAAAGGCCAUUCAAACCUGUACCCAUUUGAGAAAGUCCUCAAAAAGAACAUGAGCAGCCUCGUGGAAAAGAAGUGCGGAUCGACUCCCGUCAAGAGUACAGAGAAAGGUGUCAACAAACACCACAAGAUCAACUUCGUUUCAAAGUGCGACAGGCUUGGAUAUGAUACUGACAGCGAUACCCCAAACAGCUUUGCCUUCGACUCCAACCAGAGCGCUGCCGGCCAGAAGAGGUUUGCAAGUAGCAGUGCCGAUAACAUCAACACGCAAUUUGUCAACGAUGAGAACCUGGAGUCAUCAUGGGAAUUCAAGGCAGGAGGCGUUUCGCCUGAUGAUGCUCCUACACCAUCCGCUAAAUUGCGAUCGCAGUCUGGGAGCCGUCUAGGACGACGCUCGCCUACCAAGAUUAACAGACGACCUGUACCACCCAGACCUGAGGCGGGGCAAGGCUCGGAAGAUACUACGAAGGCCGGCUUCUCAGCUGAGGACUGGGGUGAGAAGAUAGGCUCUGAACACUUUUUCCCUCAGCCAACUCCGAGCGCCUCGGCUUCACCCACAAGACGAACCAACUCGCGGAAAAACUCCAAGCCGGUGAAGGUGACCAGAGGUGGCUCGGCUGGGAUUGUCGAUGAAGACGAUGAGAUUCCUACCGCCACGAGAGGUUGGCAAGACGAACCCAAGCCCGCAGGCGCACAGAGCCCCAUGGCUAUGGACAUUGACACGCCUCCUGUGGAGAAGAACGACGAUACGCCCAAGGUGUCACAGCCGAAUGGGGUCCGGAACAUCCACGUUGAGCCCAGCCGGCCGGAGUGGAGAGCAGGCGACCUUAACGGCAACCCUCCGCCACAGCCCCCACGUCCUACUCUCAACACAGACGCUUCCGCGGGAGUGCCGUUCGUCGGGAAUCCUGUCAUUCAGUCAAAGUCCGCCCCUUCGACAGCGAACCCGUAUGCCAACCUGAAUGGUGGAUCAGAGGAUUCGGAGGAGUUCAGAACAACGUUCAGCGACUUCAAGAAUGUCGAACCCUUGGCCGAUCCGAAGCCCACGGGCCUCCAGUCGUUUGCUGACCUGAAGACUACGCUGCCUUUUGAAAGCCAGCCUUCCAGCACAGUGCCCCUGGAUAAGGUUCAUCCAGUUCCGCCCUUGGCCUUUCCAAUCGCGCCUACUGCGCCGCGCCUGCCUCCUACCAUGGCCAUAACGGGUAUCCGACCUAGUGCUGGCCAGUGGAGGAAGUAUGCUCAAGAGUUUUACGUCUAUAUGGAGAAGUGGGAGUCGUUCAACCAGAAGGUACUUGACCACUUUGCGGCACGUCAGAAGCAGAUGAUCACACGUCGACAACAGCAUGGCCGCGUUUGGCUAGAUGCGAUGCAGGGUAAGGACGGCGCAAGCGUCUAUCUUGCGGACCUUGAGCAAGACCACGAUGUACGGAAGCAGUGGGCACGGGCUUGUGACGACCAUCAAGCUCGCAUUCGUGAGUUCAUGGCUUUCAGAGAUCGGGUCAAGUAG